GAUCUAGCAUAAAGUUCUAAAAAACGGCCUAAAAACGGUCCGUUAACUAGCUGUUAACGGCCAGUUAAUGGCGAACUUCUGUGUGAAUAAUAAAUAGUCUGGAAACGUUCAGCAAACAGUCAGUAAAUGGGUGACUGUUAACUGACCGUUUUCUGACCAUGGACGUUUUCAGACGAUCUUUAGACCGUGAAACGGCCACACUGAAAACGGCAAGUUAAGGACUUGUUUACUGGGCGUUUUUUGCCGUUUUCAUAACGUUAACGCGCCGUUUUUUGUGUGACCGUUUACUGGAGAUUAACUGGCCGUUUUUUUGGACCUAGGUCAUUUUGCUCGGAGUAAAAUAGCUUUUUAUUUCCGGUAAUAGUGACUGGAAGGCUCGAAUGAAAGUAAUUUCUGAGUUUCGUUGUUCUGUCACCUGUAGGUUCAGUUCCAAAACUGAAGAACUUCUACUAAACUUCGAACUCAGUUAAGUUUCUAUUAUUCGACAUUGUUCGAGUUCCGUAUUGAUACAGAUUCAUUUUCUCAAACUUUUCAUCCAAGAGCUAUUUAUUAUCCAUACUUUAUAUUUGAAUGUUAUUGUUGAGAGCAACACCUGAGUCUGAGUAAGUUUUUCGUGUGAAUCACUGUGUCUUUGGUAAAAAGGUUUUGCAUCUAAUCCAGAUCGAAAUGCAUAGAAAUUGAAACGUUUCAUCUUACGACAUCCCCGACUGUAGAACAUACACAAAAGUUAAUUUUGCAUCCCAAGGCAUCUAAGAGUAGAACAGGUAACGACGCGGCGCUUCGAAGGCAUAAGAAAUCAUUUUUCAUGACCCGGUAUUUCUUCGAUGCAGAACGCCUGCAGUUAUACGGGGUGUGAGUGAACGGCUAAAAGUACGCCGCGUACUCUUUCACAAGGGAACGGGUAGAAUGUAAAUAAAUCAGCCUUAGUAUGGGGUCUGGACCCCGUAUAAAGUUUUGAUACGGGCUCAGAACACCCCUUCUAAAACUUUUUUAAGCUCUUGGGUCAUUUGUAUUGAUAUGUGUAAUUAGCCAUUUACAAUAGAAUUGUUUUACAUAGUUUGUGUAGAAAUGGAAGAAAAUCGUCUUUAGUAGAAAACUUUUUGGAAAUUUCAGAUAUUUCAGGUUUUUUGCCCAAAAGUAAGGUGGUUUUCAGGUUUUCCUAAACAUUUCAGGUAUUUCAGGUGAAAUCACACGCCUGUAAUCAAGAACGAUCCAUCACCACAGCAACAAAUAUCAGAUAUUGUGAAAUCAAACGAUAACAAUAUCUCCAUUGCAGCUGAAUCGAUCGUCUCCCUGUUUACACCGAUGUUUCAAACAUUUAGUGAUCGUCUUACCAGCAUUGAAGACAAAGUGAAUGACCUUGAAAGAUAUAAUCGAACAUGGUGUUUGCGUUUUCACGGCUUUCAUGAAGAAAAAAAUGAAAAUAUCGUUGAAAAAAUUACUUCAUUUACAAAUAAACAACUUGAAUUAAAACUAUCUCCAACAGCUAGUGAGAAUUGUCACCGCAUCGGUCCAUUCAAAAAUGGUCACAACCGUCCGAUCAUUGUACGUUAUUUUAGUCGGCCUACUCGUCAAGAAAUUUUUCGUUCAACAUAUCGAUUAAAACAAAAAAACCCCAAAGUUUUUAUUGUUGAAGAUUUAACAAAAAAAACAUUAGCUUUAUUCCACUCAGCUCGUAACUCAGUUGAGCCAUCUGACAGGAAAAGAAUUGUUACCAGAAAUGGUCAUGUGUGUCGUAAACAAGUCGAUAAUUCAUUGAGAAGAAUAACAGCGCAAGAUAUCGUAGCCAAACACCAGCAGCAACCACCUAUAACUUCUGAAAUUAUUAGUGUAAUACCAUCUGUAACACCAUCUACAAAUAAUAUCCAUGAUUCAGU